GUGCCGUUAAAAAUUCCGAGUUCCGCUUGUUUUAAGUUUUAUUUGAAAUAUUUGCGUUGAAAUGUCUUGUCCACGAGAUAUUUUAAAGAAACUGAUGUAUAAACCGAAGCCUUCAAAAAAGUCAGAUGUUCUUACCGAUCGGGAAUACAAACGCCUGGCUGCAACUUCCUUCGAAGAUUAUUUGGCUCAGAAUUACAACUGCUCGCAACUGAAUAGACUCUGUUCAUCGGAAAGAGAUCAUUUGCAGAUUUAUUAUGAAUAUUUAGAAAAGAGGGUUGAGCGUAAUCAAAAACGCAUUCGAAACAAGCGCACAAAAAAGCCUCCGGCAGUCAUUGUCAGGAACGUUCCUGCCACUAGUGGAAUUCCACCAGUGUGUGUGGAUGUGCCCAUUGUAACAGUUUCUGAAGGUAUUGAUGGUAGAUUGCUACCGACAUUAGAAGAUUUUGAGAAUGUUUUGCGUGAACCAAACGAACAAACCGAAAGACAUAUGCAGGACAGUAUACCAAAUGAGAAAGAUUUAGAUACAUCUUCACCUGAAAUUGAGUUGUACCAAGUAAUGGCCCCAAAGGAAUUGUUGAUUGAAGAAACCGUCACUACGACGACACUUGCGAAUCCAGAAUUAGAGGGUAUAGUUGUCGAUUUGGAGUCUGUGCCGUUGUCUGAUCCCCAGGUAAGGGCUGAAAUUUUAAAUGAAUUUCCAAGCUUACGUCCCCGGGAAAGCAACGGACGGUUUGAGGACUUCGAAGAAAACCCACUGGCAGCAGAAACAGGAUUACUAGUGCCCCCAACAACAGAUGUUGGUUUGAAAGCUAGUACUCCUAUUUCGUCCAUUCCUAUAAGUAAUAUUCGAAGAAUAGUCCCUGGCGCAGAUCGUCUUGAAACAGCGGAUUUGAGUGCGAUUAAUGAUCCUACUCCUUUGAAACCGAGGAGUUUAUUACAGGUGGAUGCUCCUACAGAAUUCCAUGCUGUAGACGUUUCAAACACCCAGCAGCUAGAAGCACUCCUAGAAAAAGAACCGCAAGCUAUUUUGUCCACCCAACAGAUACCAUUUAUAGAACAUGGUCGAAACGUAGAGCUGACUGAAGUAGACGAACAGAUUUUACAAGAGGAACCAGUCCGGCCACAAACCGUCCCUGGCAAUCCGACCACCUCGUCUGAGUCUUCUGUUGAUCGGCCACCACCUGAGAGGCGAGUGCCAAAACUAGUUAAAAAAGUACGCUUGUAUAAUGAUUCCAUUGGAGAAUCAAAUGAUUUGAGAAAACAGUUUGAAAUUUUCGACGAUUUAGAAGAUUUUGGCUGGUUUGAUGCCGGACGUAAUACGAUAAAAGCGCUGGUAGCAAUGCGUAGAAAUCCAGACGCUCAGCAGAUGCAUCCGACGAAUGAAAUGCGAGUGCCACGUGAAUCGCUGGUGGCUGACAUAGAGCAGCAGCCGAUACUGCGUGAUAAGUCCACAACCUUCGCCGAUAUUAGCUCGAUUCGGGAGCAAACUGCGGGUAAACUUUACAUGAUAAUGGAAGGUCGUGAGGAAAAUGACGUACAACUCCAACUGCAGUCUAGAACUGCUCCUGCUGCAAUAGAAGAGCUAUCCACGAUACCAGAAAUACCCAUUGCCCAGACUAUUUUGCCCGAUUCACAGUUGUAUCCGAGAAUUUCCUUGAUCGAAACCGGUAACGAUAUUCAACCGCUCGACCCGAAUAUAACAAAUUUUGAAACGCCGCAGAUGGAUAGUAUUCGUAUAUCAGAUAAUAGGAACAGACAACCGGAAGCGAUGAUAGGAGAUAAAAAUUCGCAACAGGUUAACAUGGAUUCUGCUGCUUCUGUUCCAGCUGUUGUAAUUCCUGACGAUGGUUCUAAACGCCCAGAUACAUAUCCAAUGAAAGCACCAUUUACUUUACAUGAUAUGGAUUUGGUAUCGGUGAGUAAUUGAAUUAGAGAUCUAACAUGUAACAAAAUGUAAUUGCUUUAGACUUUUUCUUAGAUCCUUCAAGUGUAUAUUGUCACACAGCACGAAAUUCAGUGUACCCAACGUAAUCGGGUUCUUCUUGAGCGUCUAAUCCUGCUGGUAGAUGCAACUGGAUGCAGAAAAGCUUGUUGCAAGCUUUUCCGCAAUUUAUUGACGCUGAAAAGUUGGGGUUUGCUCGAACUAGGUCUGAGCGAUGAAUCGAAAAUCAGAACAAUAUCGUUAUCGUACUGAAGGGGUGGCAAUCACUAAAAUC